UUCCAAGGCCUCGACAGAGUUGAUGACAUCGUCGAACAAAGUGUAAUAUCGCCAAGGUCGGGCCAAGUUUUCGCACGCGUAAUGCAUCGACAACGACCCGCAUCCAAUCUGUUGCAAAAUGCUGCUCCUGUUCAAAUCGGCUGCAUACAGGAGCUUCAUUGUCGGAGCGGUAUCCGUGUCAAGUGCCUGCGCGAUAUCAUAUUCCACAUCCUAUACUCCAGGUAUCCCAGGGAUCAAGGAAUCAUUUGACAUCUCGUCGGACACCGUUGUGUUGCUCGGCUUGACUACCUAUAUGCUCAGUCUGGCAUUCGAAUGUCUCGUGUUUGCCUCGUUAUCGGAGCUGUACGGUCGUCGGCCGGUGUACUUGAUCACCACCCUCGCUUUCGCCUGCUCGGUGAUACCUCUGGCCCUGGCUCGGGAUAUACACACUAUUCUUGUCUGCAGAGCACUCGGAGGGGUUUUCGGUAGUGCGACUAUUGCGGGCGGUCCGGGGACAAUCAACGACGUGACCAGCAGAAGGUACCGGGCGCUGGCGUUCAGUCUUUGGAGUCUUGGGGCGAUGAACGGUCCGGCAAUUGGUCCCAUUUUCGGCGGAUUUGUCUACCAGUAUCUCGGCUGGCGCUGGAUCAACUGGGUCAUACUCUGCCGGGCAAGCGUAUUAGCUGUGGCUUUGUUCUUGUCCAAGGAGACAUAUGAGCUGGCGAUACUGCGGGCAAGGGCCCGAACGCAACAGGAACAGACUGGGGACUUGCGGUGGUGCUUAUUCUGGAACCUCUACGUCGGUGUCAUAUAUGCUAUUCUAUUUCUGUGCUUCGUCAGCUACCCGAUUGCCUUCCAAGAGCAUCGCGGCUGGCUACCCGGCAUCGCAGGACUAGGCUACUGUGGUAUCGCACCGGUGUCGUCCUCGCUGUUCUCAGUGAGCCCAUCUUCAUCCGCCGCAUCAUCGCCAGUCAUCCGCGGGACCCCUGCACGGGUCAGAUCGCCCCCGAGGCCUCCAUCUGUGCCGUAUGCCCUCGGGGCCAUUCUCAGCCCACUGGGUGAAUUCUGGUUCUCGUGGACAGCGGUAGCAACAACGACCACAGCCCAAUCCAGUAGUGCGCCCACGUACACGCACUGGAUCUAUCCAAUCCUGGCCGGUGUUUCCUUCGGCAUGGUCAACACCCUUAUCUUCAUCUACUCGGCCCAUUACCUGGCGGGGAGCUACCCCAUCUACGCCGCCUCGGCGGUGGCGGACAACGCGAUGGUUCGGUACGUCUUUGCGGGUGCGCUUCCGUUGGCGGGCCACCGGCUGUAUGAGAGUAUGGGGAUCGCGUGGACGGGCACGCUGCUGGGACAGGUGGAGGUGGCGCUAACUCCGAUCCCGUUUGUGUUUUAAGGAUAUGGGUGGUGGGUUCGGCGGCGGAGUGUGUUUUCGAGGGAGUUGGUGGGAUUG